AUGGCUAAUAUCUUUACUCGUUACGAUUUAGAGCAGUUCAAAUGGAAGCCCUUCAACGGUGAAGGCGUCCAAAACGGAUGUGCUCGCCCUCUUGGAGGCGCUGAGCAUGUCCAAGAUAUCUUCAACCGCUAUCUCAAGGGUGACCAAACGCUGUUCUUCGGACUCACUAUCGACUUGCGCGACCCUGUGAGCAUCACCAAGCUCAGUUCCUCCGCUCAACAAUGCUGGUCCUGGUUACGCUUCCAAGUUCCUACCAUCGCGUCAUCCAUACUGAAUGAAUCCGAUCACAAUCUGCCCCUGUUGGUCUAUACAACCGCUAGUCCGCAAGAGAUCAGUCGGUGGGAGCAGCGCACUCUCAUUAUCCACCCACCCUCGGACAUUGACCUCGACCAAUUACGGGUCAACGAGGGUCAGAAGAGGGUUCCUUCAUCGGACGGAGACCAUACGUGGAUGCACCUUGUCCCUGGCGAAACCACCAACGGGGCGGUCUCCAAAUUGGGUCUGCUGAUCCACACCCAUCACUCGCCCUUCGAUGGUGCAGGGUUAAAGAUCGUCGUGAAUCGCUACCUCACGCAAUUGGCAAAGGUGCUCUCCAAUUCCUACAGCGCGCCCGAGUCUAUCGAAUGGGGAAAUGAGCUGGAAAACCUCCUUCCGGCACCCUUCAACAUUCUAAACUCCAAAGAACCCCUUCCUGUUUCGCCACACUCACCAGAGGAACCUUGCCUUGACAGUGAUUACUACAAGUCCUUUGGAAGAGUUCUCUCCGCCUUCGGCGCGUCAAUGAAGGACACAUAUGGAUUUAGAGCUCGCCCCAAAGAUACAGAGUGGCCGAAGACGCGUCGCGCCGAGGUCCUCUUCACGAGGGAAGAAUCAGAAAGAAUUCUGGCUGCCUCGAAGAUAUCUGGGUUCACACUUACACACCUUGCCCACGCUGCAUUAGCAAUGGUUGUCAUAGCUGAUAAUCCACCCAAUUCGGCAUCUUCUUCUCACUACUUGAACAAUGUAUCCUUGGCUAAUUUCCGAGGCCGCUUGGAUCCGAAAUAUGCGCUCCAUCCAGGCUAUGUUCUUGGCGUUUUCAUGACCAGGAUUCCUGUGUCAGCGUUUUUGUCUCCUGACGGAAAUGCACUGCCAUUGGACGGUGACAUGCUUCUACAGGUAGCAGACAUAGCCAAGGAGCAGUAUCGCGCCCACAUGGAAUUGCCUGCUGGGUUAAGUUGCAUGCCACAGGUUGGCGAAGCAUUCGCCAUGGCCACCGUGCCAGCUGCAUCUGCAAACCUGCUGCCACCCAACCAGUGUUAUUCAUUUUCCAGUGACGGCAAAGGAGAAAUCUAUUUGAAUCACACUUUUGCGGAUGACGCUGGAACACCCGUCCUUUCGGUGAACAAGUUCUUCACAUCUCUGAAUAGAUUCGAUCCUGGCCCAUUCUUUCGUCUUUCGUCUUGGGGGGGCGUGAUUGACCUUGGCGCUGAUUACAACUCUAAUGUCGUAAAGAUGGAGAACGUGCUGGAUUACUUGAAUCAAUGGAAGAGGUUCUUACUUCUGAUCCUUGAUAACUGA